AAAGUGAUCGGAACCGCGGGGGAAGCGACUGGACCCAACUCAGAGGCUCGUCCUACAGACUCGGCUCAACUUCCACCAACAACAAACACUCGGCUCGGGACAAACUUCCCAACUGAAGCGGAACAAUCAGGCGCCUCCUGACAAUGAAACUGCGGCUCAACUGGACUGAGUGGAGCUAAAAGCACGAGCUGGAGCCCAGAGGGAUCUUGUUCCGGGUCUGAGAGCGACUGUCUGGCAGCAGCAGCGACACUAUCGCACCGACCUCACUCCUGCAACUCAUGCGCAGCGACUCCAGCCGUUUAAUUGAACUGCAGCCACUUCACUGACUCAGUAGCCCCUUUACUGACUCACUCGCCCCUUUACUGACUCACUCGCCCCUUUACUGACUCAGUAGCCAUGCAGGGUGUCACCAGAGCCUCCAUUCUUCUGAUUAUUUAUCACCUCUUCACCCUCAGCCUUGGGCAACUCCAUGGAGAAAAGGGCAUCUCUGUGCCAGAACAUGGCUUCUGCCAGCCCAUCUCUAUCCCUCUCUGCACAGACAUUGCCUACAACCAGACCAUCAUGCCCAACCUCUUGGGUCACACUAACCAGGAGGACGCUGGACUGGAGGUCCACCAGUUCUAUCCGCUAGUCAAGGUCCAGUGUAGUUCUGAGCUGCGGUUCUUUCUGUGCUCCAUGUAUGCCCCGGUUUGCACGGUGCUGGAGCAGGCCAUCCCUCCGUGCCGAUCUAUAUGUGAGCGGGCAAGACAUGGCUGUGAGGCCCUCAUGAACAAGUUUGGCUUCCAGUGGCCUGAAAGACUAAGGUGUGAGAACUUUCCACGUCAUGGAGCGGAGCAGAUUUGUGUUGGGCAGAACCACUCUGAAGAUGGAGGUCCUACUCUUCUAACCACCAGUCCACCCCAUCAUGGCACUCCUGGGCCACCCAUCUAUGCCACACUGGACCACCCGUUUCAUUGUCCUAGGGUGCUGAAGGUCCCCUCUUACCUCAACUACAGGUUCUUGGGAGAGAAGGACUGUGCUGCUCCAUGUGAACCAACCAAAAGCGAUGGUUUUAUGUUUUUCAGUCAAGAUGAGAUCCGCUUCGCCCGCAUUUGGAUUCUCAUCUGGUCUGUGCUGUGUUGUGCAUCCACCUUCAUUACUGUGACCACCUACUUGGUGGACAUGCAGAGGUUCCGCUAUCCAGAAAGGCCCAUCAUAUUCCUGUCUGGGUGCUACACCAUGGUGUCCGUGGCCUACAUUGCAGGGUUUGUACUGGGCGACAAGGUGGUCUGCAAUGAAGGUUUUUCAGAGGACGGCUACAAAACUGUCGUACAGGGGACUAAGAAGGAAGGUUGCACGAUCCUCUUCAUGAUGCUUUAUUUUUUUAGUAUGGCCAGCUCAAUCUGGUGGGUCAUCCUCUCUUUGACUUGGUUUCUGGCCGCUGGUAUGAAAUGGGGGCAUGAGGCCAUAGAAGCCAACUCGCAGUAUUUUCAUCUGGCAGCGUGGGCUGUACCUGCUGUGAAGACCAUCACCAUACUGGCAAUGGGUCAAAUUGAUGGAGACCUCCUGAGCGGGGUUUGCUUUGUGGGCCUUAAUAAUAUUGAUCCACUUAGAGGUUUUGUGUUGGCUCCACUUUUUGUCUACCUCUUCAUUGGAACCUCCUUCCUCUUGGCUGGCUUUGUGUCUCUCUUCAGGAUCAGAACCAUCAUGAAACACGAUGGCACCAAGACGGAGAAACUGGAAAGGCUCAUGGUGCGCAUUGGGGUCUUCAGCGUCCUCUACACAGUUCCUGCCACUAUUGUUAUCGCGUGCUACUUCUACGAGCAGGCAUUUCGAGAGCACUGGGAGCGUAGCUGGGUCAGCCAAAAUUGCAAGAGCCUGGCCAUCCCCUGCCCUCUCCAGUAUACCCCACGUAUGACCCCGGAUUUUACUGUAUACAUGAUCAAAUAUCUCAUGACCCUCAUCGUUGGCAUCACAUCAGGAUUCUGGAUCUGGUCAGGCAAGACUCUACACUCCUGGAGGAAGUUCUACACAAGGCUCACCAACAGCAAACAUGGGGAGACCACAGUGUGAGGCAGGAGAUGAUGGACAACCCGCUCCUUUAUCAUUGGACUACCACUGACUGUGACAUAUUUUCUGUCCCAUAUUCCUGGGAUCCCAAGCAAGUCUUUAUAGUCAUCGGGUGGAAGGCCCUAUAUAAUGCCAUCAUCAGGUACAUCCCUUUGGAUUUGUGAGAAAAACUGUAAAUAGUUUUUUUUUUGCCCCCAUAAAUGUAAUUAUAUAUUUCUAUUUAAAAUAUGGGGCAGAAAAUUGAGAAACUAUGAGGGGAGGCAAAAACUCUUUUUUUCCCCUCCCCCCUACACUUUUUUUUUUUUUUUGAUUCAACAGUGCCUUCUGUAUAAGUGAAGUCCUAUAGCCUGCAGUCCUUGGCCUGUACUUGCCCUUUAAUUUUACUUGGUUCAACGUUAAACCCUGAAAAAAGUGUUAUUGGUACGAAAUUUCCUCUUGAACUUGAAGGUUUCAUUUAGAAGACAACCAAAGAACUCUGGAGUUGCUUGUGGGAGAUGAUGGUCGAGCAUGGGCUUUACUACUUUGGGGAGGAGGGUCCCUGGAAUUCUUUGGGGUUACCCACAACUUUCAUGGACUUAGCAAAUCCUCGUUGCCGAACACGUUAGGGACAGACUAUUGACUUGGGGAAUGCAAGGGUUACAUAUGCAAAGUAUUAGAGGGGAAAUACCUUAUUAACCCCUUGUUUGCUGAAGAUCAACUCUUCCCUGUCCUGGUGGGUCUUCUCUAAAAACCCGUCAGGUUGUUGAUGAUGUUGACGUGUUUCUUUGUGUUUUGUUUUUUUCUAUGUGAUCUUAUUAUUAUUAUUAUUUUUGCCCCUUUGAAAUAAAAAAAAAUAUUUUUUGUUAAGAA